AAACAUUUUGUACAGCCUUACAAAAUAAUAGUUGCUAAAAAUUAAAGAAAAAAUUGUUAAUCAGAAAGCUACCAUUGACAGAGAGUCGCGCACAGCUCGAAAAGGAAAAAUAAAGAACAACAAAAUCCCCGUCGUCUCUCGUUCAAUUUCCAAAGAAAAAAAUGGGUAUCAAAAUUGAGGGACAAAUAGAGAAGGUGAAUGGGAAAGAACUCAGUUACAAUGAGUUCGUGCAGAGAUACAUGGAGAAAAAUCAGCCUGUGGUGCUGACAGGUCUCAUGGAACAUUGGAGAGCUUGCACAGACUGGGUCACUCACAAUGGCAAACCCAAUCUCCAAUUCUUCGCUACCCAUUUCGCCAAAUCAACAGUUCAGGUUGCUGAUUGUGGUACCAGAGAAUUCACAGAUCAGAAGAGAGUAGAAAUGUCUGUUUCAGAGUUUGUUGACCAGUGGAUUCAAGGGUCUGUAGAGGAGGAGGGCGGAAAUGCUUCAACUAAGGUUGUAAGAGACAAGCCUUUGCUGUAUUUGAAGGACUGGCAUUUUGUAAAGGAGUACCCAGAAUAUACAGCAUACACAACUCCCCUGUUCUUUUGUGAUGAUUGGCUCAACCUGUACCUCGAUAACUACCGCAUGCAUAAGGAUCCUGAUGUUUACUCAGAGAGUAAUGAAAUAAGCUGCUCUGACUAUCGUUUUGUUUACAUGGGAGAAAAAGGAUCUUGGACUCCUCUUCAUGCUGAUGUUUUUAGGUCAUAUAGUUGGUCAGCAAAUGUGUGUGGAAAGAAACGUUGGCUCUUCCUGUCUCCUUCUCAAAGUCAUCUUGUAUUUGACAGAAACAUGAAAAGCUGUGUGUAUAAUAUCUUUGAUGAAGUUAGUGAAACGAAAUUUCCUGGUUUUAAGAAGGCCACUUGGUUGGAGUGUAUUCAAGAACCAAAUGAAAUUAUAUUUGUACCUAGCGGUUGGUAUCAUCAAGUUCAUAAUCUGGAAGAUACUAUUUCCAUAAACCACAACUGGUUCAAUGGCUAUAACCUUUGUUGGGUGUGGGAUCUACUUUUAAAGGACUACAAUGAAGCCAAGGAAUACAUAGAAGACAUCAAGGAUAUAUGUGAUGACUUUGUAGGUCUCUGCCAGCGUAAUCUUGCGGCCAACACAGGCAUGAACUUCUAUGAUUUCCUUAUUUUCUUGGCACGCAUAUGCUUUGCCAAUUUGGUCCAAAUUUUCUAUCUACGUGGGGAUGGUGAACAGUCGAUCUGUAAUAUGUCCCAUAUGGCUCAGCAGUUGACUUCUAACCUUGUAUCUAUUCGAAAGAUUGCACUCAAGAUGAAUUCUAUAGAAGGGCUGACAAAAAAUCAUGCAUCCCAUUUGGAUUUUAGCGAAACUCUCAAUAAUCCUGAAUUCAUCAAACUUUGUAUGGUUUCAGAAAAAGCAUAUGGGGUGAUAUACAAUCAACAGACAAGUGAUUGCCAUUCAAAGGGGCCUCUGGUUGAUGAUAUAAGAGACUUGAAUAUUAUUAAAGGCCACACUUUUGAGGUCUCUACUCCUGAAGAUCUUGCUGAACUUAUAGACCUUUUUAUUAGAAAUCUUUUUGGUGAUCUCAGCAAGGAAACGUCUAAACCUAGUUGACCUUAGCCGUUCCAAGAUUAGAGAUGUUUGACUUGAGGAUAGCACGUGCAAACUAUUUUUCUCAAAACUAUAAAAUCCACAGGAAACAACAAAUCUGAGGCAUAUGUAUACAUGUUUGAAGAUAUUUAGUGUUCAUAGUUUGUUCUCAUAAGGUCUGAGGUUUGACUCAUCAUGGAUAAUAUUGGUGCAAAAGCCUGAGGAGAAUUAGGAAAAUCCAUUUGAUUUGAAGUUGUGAUUUCUUGUUAGGAAUCUUAAUGUAUCAUUGCAAUGCAAUAUAAUUAGCCUUCUCUCCUCCUUUUUUUA